UUUGGACAGAGAUCAGCCGUUCACAUUCAAGCUGGGAGUUGGCCAAGUUAUCAGAGGUUGGGACCAAGGGUUGGUAGAUAUGUGCGUGGGCGAAAAGAGGAAGCUGACCAUACCGCCCGAACUCGGAUACGGGGAGAAAGGAGCCGGAAACGUAAUUCCUGGAGGUGCCACUCUGCUGUUCGACGUUGAACUGAUCGACAUCAGCGACGCUCCUCCAACCGCGAACGUGUUCAAAGAGAUUGACAGCAACCAUGACAACCAGUUGUCCCGCGAGGAGUUGAGCGACUACCUGAGGAAGCAAGUGAUCGAGGCGGAGCAGGGCAGCGCGAGCGAGAACGAGCAGGUGAAGAAGAUGCUGGUGGACCACGACAAGCUGGUCGAGGAGAUCUUCCAGCACGAGGACAAGGACAAGAACGGCUUCAUCUCCCACGACGAGUUCAGUGGGCCGAAGCACGACGAGCUCUGAAGCCUUCGCGCCGCGUCGCCGCGUCUCCGAGCACCGCGUCGCCGACGGCGUCGUGUCUCGCGCCACCACGUGUUCACGUCCGCGCGGAAUCGCCUCCUCGAGUCCUGGCCGGCCCGCGUCCAACACCUAUGAACACGGCACCCUCCGCAGCUGUGUCGCCGAUCGACUCUCCGUUCUGUCGUUUGUCCGUGGACCUGUGCCGCGAACAUCCGCUUUUCCACGCGUCUGCCGCGCGGUGCGCACGAAUCUCUCGAGCAACAGAGAAGCAGAGAAGAAGGAGCGAAAGAAACAUGGGAAGCCGGGAAACGCGGUCGUAUCACUUCUUUGCCAGGGGAUUUCUCUCGCGAGGGGAGGACCAGUCGCUGCUGGGGGAACGAGAGGUAGCCCGAGGGUACCUGGCCCCGGAGGAACUCCACGCAGGGACUCGACCGACGAAUUCACCCUUCUCUGGGAUCGCAAAAGGGCGUUGAGAGUGGAAGAUAGUUCGUCCAACGGGAUUCUUCUUCAAUCGCGAGACUGUCAUGAGCUUGACCGAGCUUAACUCGAGCGAUUGGAAGAGUCGGUGGAUUAGAGCCUGUCUUGGAGGUAGACUAGGAGAGGAAAGCUCAGACCGGGACACCUCUUGGGACCAUCGAGCAUACCCUCGAGCGUUUCCGUGACCCUGAGGGAAGGUCUCUUCCUCUGUCUUCCGGAAGAAGAAUUGCAACCAUCCUCAGCGACCUGGCGAGGCCUCUGUUGGAACCAUAAUUACGCGGGUGCAUAGAAGAAGGGCAAGAAUAAAGGGAAAGAAGUCGGGCCAUGUUAGGGAAGUUUCGCGUAACUCUCGCGCUGUUUCCGGUCGGAGAUACUACCUCCAAAGACGCACGCGAUCUUUCGCAUCGGACGAUGUGCAGGAUGUAUAAGAACGUUUCAUCCUGGCUAUCAUAGGCACACUCUAGACCUACGGAUUGACCAGAACGCGAACCUUUGAAUAAAGGUGUAUGAAAUAUCAUACACGAAGGGAUUUACCUUCUUUUAACGAGUUUCCAUCCACCUGGAGAUUUAAGAGACGCCCGUGACAGCCAGGACGGAACAUUUUUGUACACCCUGUAUGUUCCCGAGUGGGCCUGACUCGCGAUGAGGACUGAAGGCACGGCUGGUCGAGCGAUCGAAACCCUGACACGAAGCGAGGCUGUUCUACGUAACAUAAUUAUACAAAUCUAGAUAGAAAGAGAUGAAGAGAGAACGGGAGAGAGAGAAGGGUGUCUAUGUGAGAGACAGAGCGAAAGAGUAACCGAGAGAAAGUGUUUUUUCUACACGACUAUAGAUGUUAGCGUAUCAAUUAAGCGCAUCGACGUAACGGUGCUAUGGAUCACACACGAAACACAUUCUACCCCUCUCUCGAAAGCUUUCUUCCUUUUCAUCCAACCGCCCGCCUUUUUACGCCGUAUCGAAACACAUACCCCCGAAGACAUACGUGUACACGCGUACAUAUACAUACACACGGGUCGUCGGGACCUUUUUCACGAGCAUCACGAGCCCCGCCGGUAUUCUCAGCCACGAAUUUCACGCGAGAGAUGUGUAUCCAGGAGUCGAGGAGGAACCUCGAUCGGCCGCGAGAGGGCCUCGAGGAUGCGUGGUGGAGAUGAAUGGCGGUCGCAGACUACGCGGUCUUUUUUCUCCCUCGAUCGUCGCUAUCAUUAUUACACUUUUAACUGAUACGUUUUUAUUACUACAUUAUAUUGUAUGUUGUUAAAGUUGGACGAAGGUUAAUAAUAAAUCGUGUGUCUCGAGCACAGUUUGUUAUAUAAACUGGCUUGUUUGAUUCG